AUGCCUGCUCUCACCGGUUCACAAAUUGUCUCGGCGAAGAAAAAUGUAUCAAUCCCUUAUAUUCCUCCUGAAAUUAUUCAAAUUAUUCUCAAUUUAUUGAGGGAUGAUAAAAAAACUAUCGCUGCUUGUACUUUGGUAAAUCAUACUUUUAACCUUCAUGCUACUCCAAUAUUAUAUAAUACUAUCGCGUUUACUUCUCCUCAUGCGUUUACGCUUUUCAUCAAUGUCAUGAAUGACAUUAAACAACGUUGUUCUCAAAUGAUUCAUCACUUGGAUCUUUCCAGUUUCUCUACCUGCGACCUCCAAAAAAGUUCUUUUAAACCUCAAAAGUUUGUCACUCCUGAACUUUUAAUUCAUAUUUUAAGAUCUUUUUCCGAAUUAAAAGCUGUUUCCAUAUCAAAAUCUUUGGAAUUUGUAAUUACCCUUGAUGUUUUAAAAGUUUUAUUUAUAGAAUGUAAAAACAUAAAAACUAUUGAUUUCUGUGGAUGUGCUACUAAACGAUUUAGUAAUGCUUUAGAUAUGUUUUCUAGUUUAAUUGGUCGUGUUAAAAUAGAAUCAAAUUGCAAUAAUUAUGAUGAGACAACGUUUUCUUUUCGCAUGACAUCCCAACCUUUAUUAUCUCAUUUACAAAGACUUUCAUUUCAUGAGUGUCCAGUAAUUUCUGAAUACUCAAUCAUCAUACCUAUCCUCGCUCAUGCUCCAAAUCUUACAUAUCUUGAUUUGGGUGGUUGUUCUAUUAGCGAUUUAACAUUAAACUUUUUAGCUGAAACAAAUAUUCCAACAAAUUUAUCCCAUUUAUUAUUGGCUAAAUGUAAAAAUAUUCCUUCCAAAGCCAUUUCAUCUCUUGUUUCAAAAUGUUCUCGAUUGGAAACUCUUAAUCUUUAUGGUGAUAAAGAUAUCACUACUACAGUUAUUAAUGAAUAUGAUUUAAUUUCUAUACUUCGUUCACCAAACGCAAAGAAUUUUCGAACUUUAGAUAUUGGUUCUUCACAGAUAACACCUUUAGUUUUAACGACAAUUAAAGAGAAUUGUCCAUCUUUACAAAAUCUUGGUAUUUCAAAAGCACAAAUUACUAACUUAAAUUUUAUUAAAGAUCUUUUAAUGGCCUUACCAAAUUUACAAUACAUUGACCUUACUUCCGUUACUUGUUUCAAUCUAUUGGGUUAUAAUCUUUUAAACGCAAAUAGUUUAUUGAUUGAUAUAAAUGAAAAUAACCAUUCAAUUCAUACAAUUGAAAUGAAUGAAUCAUUACUUAAAAAAAUUUAUCCAGUCGAUGGAUGGAUUAUUAAUGCAAAUUAUGCUAAAAGAUGGUAUUACUCUUGUGAAACCUGA